CACAAAAACUGGGAACUUCACGCCGCAACACAACACAAACAACACAACACUCCCAUUUUCACCUUUUUUUUUUCUUUCAUCGGAGAGAAUAGGGUGGUGCAUGCACACACACUUUUCAUGAUCUCUCUCUAUAUAUAUGUGCAAUUUCACACGUUAUAUCAUACAUAGAGAGACACAUAAGUCUCUAAGCCAAACCUCACUGUCUCACACGUUGUAGAGCUACAUUCAUAGGGAGCUCAAAUCUCAAUGGCCCUUCAGAGACUCUGAAAAGGUAGCAAGUGUGGUGAUUGUUCAGAGAGAAGAAGCACAUUCAAUGGAGCUUUUGUUUUUUCAGUUUUGGGGAGUGGAUCAAGUUGACCCCAGAUCUUCAAUUUGUGUGAUUGCUGCCAAGUGUUAUCCUUUCUUCUGAUUACUAGCCUGGGUUGGUACUUGGUAGUGUGAGACUUCAACCUGGUUAUCUUGUCAUUGGGAAAUGUUGACUUGCAUAGCGUGUACCAAACAACUCAACAAUGGAUCUCUUCGCCAAGAAGAAGAGGAAGAAGCUGUUCACACACCCAGCACAAAGCAAGCCAUCAAGGCUCUCACUGCACAGAUCAAGGACAUGGCAGUGAAGGCUUCCGGGGCCUAUAAGAGCUGCAGACCUUGUUCAGGAUCUUCCAAUGGUAACAGAAAUAGGAAGUAUGCAGACUCAGAUAUGGGGUCAGAGUCAGCAAGGUUCAACUGGGCCUACCGCAGAACUGGGAGCUCCAAUUCAACCCCAAGGAUGUGGGGGAAGGAAACAGAAGGUGGGAGGGUGAAAGGGGUUUCCAGUGGGGAAGGAACACCAGCUUCGGUGAGUGGACGAACUGAGUCAGUGGUGUUCAUGGAGGAGGAUGAGCCUAAGGAGUGGAUUGCACAAGUGGAGCCUGGUGUGCUCAUUACUUUUGUUUCAUUGCCUCAGGGAGGGAAUGAUCUCAAAAGGAUACGGUUCAGUCGUGAAAUGUUUAAUAAAUGGCAAGCUCAGAGGUGGUGGGCAGAGAAUUAUGACAAGGUCAUGGAGUUGUACAAUGUUCAGAGGUUCAAUCAGCAAGCAGUUCCUCUUCCAACCCCACCUAGAUCUGAAGAUGAGAGCUCAAAGAUUGAAUCUGCUAGGGACAGUCCUGUCACUCCUCCACUCAGCAAAGAGCGUGCACCACGCCAUUUUCACCACCCUAUGGGAAUGGGCUACUCCUCAUCAGAUUCACUGGAACACCACCAAAUGCAUCCUCACCCUUGCUAUGAGACAAGUGGGUUGGCAUCAACACCUAAUCUUUCCAACAUCAGUGCUCCAAAGACUGAAAAAUCAUCCCUUGAUGGUUCUGUAAGGACCAGUUCAUCUGGUGAAGAUCACUCAGGCGAGUUUUCAAUCAGCAAUGCCAGUGAUAUGGAAACUGAAUGGGUUGAACAGGAUGAACCAGGAGUCUACAUCACUAUCAGAGCAUUACCUGGUGGAACUAGAGAACUCAGGCGUGUCCGGUUCAGCCGAGAAAGGUUUGGAGAAAUGCAUGCGAGAUUGUGGUGGGAAGAGAACCGUGCUAGGAUACAAGAACAAUACUUGUGA